GAAAAUGGAAUCACUGGCAGUCGCCUCUAUAAUAUGUCUGGUAGCGGUGGUGAUGUUCAGUCACCGACGCCAUUAGAGUGUGAUGUUGGUCUGGGUUUAAACACCGAACCAGCUUACCCUUAUAAAAAGACAAGCUUUAUGUCUCAUCACCAAAACCGCCAUUAUCAUCAUCCCCAAGCUUCUGAAUACGCUGGUGUUUACAGUAACACUAAUCGAAUUGCUUCUGGGUUUCCUUUCAAAUCCACUACAGGUUCAAGCACAGUUGGAGUUAUGGCAGCUUCUGGAAAACUGCUUUUUACUGCAACUCAAUGGCAAGAGCUUGAAAGGCAGACAAUGAUCUUCAAGUACAUGAUGGCUUCCAUCCCUGUUCCUCCUCAGCUUCUCUUACCCUUAUCCACUCAAUCCAACAGGGGAGGUAUGGGUUUGAAAUUCUCAAACGGGUCGGAUCCGGAGCCAUGGAGGUGUAGGAGAACAGAUGGGAAGAAAUGGAGAUGUUCUAAAGAUGUUGCCCCUGACCAGAAGUACUGCGAACGCCACGCCCACAAAACUAGACCCCGUUCAAGAAAGCCUGUGGAAAUCCAACCCCACAACAACAAAGAAGAUUACCAUCCACUUCUCCUAUCUUCACAUGUGAAUAAUAUAAAAAAUUAUAAGAAUCCCAGUGAUUGGUUCAUGAGAAAUGGCACUAUCCCUGUGUCUAAAUCAGAAAGCGAUCAGAUAUUUAAACCAGAUUUUAAGGGAAAUUUUCAGCAUAAAUCCUAUUUGGAUCAUAAUCUAAACACUUCUGGUACCAGUACUGCUGCCAGUGAUGCGGCGGCAGGCGCAAGGCGGCAAGACUUCAUUGAUUCUUGGUCAGGAAUUGGAAAUGGAGACGAUUGUUCUCUAAGUUUGUCGAUGCAAUCUGGUGGGAACGGGAUGAAAUUUGAGGAUGAUGAGAGUUUUCAAAUGGGUGUUGGAAUGUUGGAUGGUGAUACGGGCGGGUGUGGGGAUGUUUUCAGAUCACACCACCACCAGUGGCUGAACCAACCCUCUUGGGCAGGUUCAACACCUGGUGGACCAUUAGGUGAAGUGUUGUGCCUGGGAAUUGCGAGUACCACAAAUAUGGCUCCUAAUGUGCCAUCUCCUCAUGGCUAUAGCAACAACACGACUACGAGCAGCUCGUGUGAGGGUGGUGAUGUUCAGGGCCAUGGUUUCAAUAGGUGAACUCAUGAUCACUAAAAAGAAUCAGAUUUAUAGGAUGCCAUGUAUGUUGAGAUGUUCUAAAUUACUGUUUUGUAAGACUUAAUUUAUAGAACCAAACAACUGUACGUAUAUAGAUGUUACAGUAAUUUCAUAGGACAACUUUUGGGCAUCCUAAUAAGUUUUUUCAGAACAAUUUUGAAAUAAAAUAUCAUGUUAGUCUUUUUAUAUGAU